AUGCUUACUGUAUUGUACGAUUGCGAAUCUGUAAUUAACGCUCGACCCUUGACUUAUUUGUCUGACGAUCCUCGGGAUCUGGCUCCCAUUACUCCUAGUUUGUUUCUGCAAGAGAUCUGCGAAGUAGGUUUACCCGACUGCGACUUUAUCGAUAGGGAAAAACUGAAGGGUAGAUUUAAGUAUCGACAAUUUCUCAAGGAAGAAUUACGUAAAAGGUUUAGAUCGGAGUAUCUCGGACAGUUAAAGUAUGCAUCUGCCAAAAGGUCAACCGAUGAUCGUCAGAUAAAAGUAGGUGACAUAGUGAUUAUUGGUAACGAUUGUUCUAAAAGGAUCGAAUGGCCUCUGGGCAGAGUAAUAGAACUUUUUCCGGGAAAAGACGGGAUUGUAAGGGUUGUGCGUCUAAUUACUGCGACGGGACAAUUGGUGCGACCUGUUCAGAGAUUGUACUGUCUGGAGGUAGAUGUUGAUGUGGAUCCGGAGGAGUUGCGUAAACUGUAUGAUAAGCGAGUUAAGUCAAAGACGGUCGCUCAAGAUCAAAAUAUUAACGAAUUAAAACAAGUACCUAGCGAAGUAGAUGUAAGCGAUGAAAAUGUUCCUAUUGUUCCUUACAAAACUAGAAGUAGACGUACAGUAAAACGCGUUGAAAGAUUGUAA